GACAACCUCUGGCGCCUUUCUUGUUAGUUUCAUUCGCAUCGUCAAGAGAGGAACACAUUGGAGUCUGUUCACAUUAUACUAGAUUAUUGGAAGACUUGUGACUUCAUUUUUUGCACUCGGAUAGCGACUGUGAGAUUCGGACAUCGGUAUGAUGCUUUGUGUUCGGCAUUUCGGUAAAACAUUCGUCAAUUCUCGAACACAAUGGACAGCUUUAACGUCAACCACCAACGCCAAGGCGAUUCUUCCCAUCACCCGGAUGGCCCACUCAUCUUCUGAUGAUCCGAAGAAGAAGAUACAUGAACUGAGGAUCUAUUCCAUCAACCCGCAAAAUAUUCGAGAUUUCCUCACACUCACCUCGGAAGAAUUUCAUCUCAGAACUUCUCAUUCUAAACUUGUGGGAUAUUGGACCUCGGAAAUUGGUGGACUCAACCAAGUGGUCCACAUUUGGGAAUAUGACAGCCUGAGCCACCGAGCUCAUGUUCGAGCAAACCUGGCUAAUGAUCCAGACUGGAACAGCCGCUAUUUGGGUCGCGUCAUCGGAAUGUUUCGGGAAAUGACAAACUCGGCGAUGGUUCUGCUUCCGGAAACAGGAAUCACAGAACCUGCAGAAAAAGGAGUAUAUGAGCUUCAGACCUUAAGUCUGCAGGGAUCCCCCGCUAUUUGGUCCCAGUCCUUAAUGAGUUACGUAAAGGCCUGCAAGGGCAUAGAAAAUGGGAGAUCCAUGCUAGUUGGGGCGUGGCAGUCCGUCCUUGGGCCGAGGCAGACGACGGCUUUGUUAUGGCAACAUCCCGGACCAGAUUCUUGUGUUACUCUUCAGAGACGCUUGAAUGAACUGGAUGAGAGUCACGCUCUUGCGCCAUAUGUCGCUGACGGCCACAACCGCCUCCUCUUACCGCAUCCAGUUUCGCCCUUGCAGUAACUCAAAGGGAUACUGCAAGCGAACUAUUCUCGACAAUAAACGACCUCGUUGCCCCCAUCCGGGAAGCCGUUAUCAGCUGACGUACUUAUACAUAAGGUUAACUUUGCAAGCCCAUCCUCCUCUGUCUGAGGUGGUUGCAGAUUUGUUAAGGGAUAUUAUGAGGGGCAGGAUCUUUUCGUGGCGAUGGAAUCCACCCUCUUCUGUUAUGACAGGAGCUGUUGUUACUCCUCGGCCCUGAAUGAGAUCUUUCGU